CGCUGCAGGCUGCCGCCCGCAAGCCUUGCGCACCCGGGAGAUCCCCGGGUGCGCAAGGCUUGCCGACACCUGCGCGAAGCACGGGACGUCCUCCGAGGGCGCCGCGUGCUCCGCGCUGCAGGCUGCCGCCCGCAAGCCUUGCGCUCCCGGGGGAGAUCCCCCGGGUGCGCAAGGCUUGCCGACACCUGUGCGAAGCACGGGCAUCCUCCGGAGGGCGCCCCGUGCUCCGCGCUGCAGGCUGCCGCCCGCAAGCCUUGCGCUCCCGGGGGGAGAUCCCCCGGGUGCGCAAGGCUUGCCGACACCUGCGCGAAGCACGGGACGUCCUCCGAGGGCGCCCCGUGCUCCGCGCUGCAGGCUGCCGCCCGCAAGCCUUGCGCGCCCGGGGGAGAUCCCCGGGUGCGCAAGGCUUGCCGACACCUGCGCGAGCACGGGGCGUCCUCCGGAGGGCGCCCCGUGCUCCGCGCUGCAGGCUGCCGCCCGCAAGCCUUGCGCUCCCGGGAGAUCCCGGGUGCGCAAGGCUUGCGGACACCUGCGCGAAGCACGGGACGUCCUCCGAGGGCGCCCCGUGCUCCGCGCUGCAGGCUGCCGCCCGCAAGCCUUGCGCUCCCGGGAGAUCCCCGGGUGCGCAAGGCUUGCGGACACCUGCGCGCGGCACGGGACGUCCUCCGAGGGCGCCCCGUGCUCCGCGCUGCAGGCUGCCGCCCGCAAGCCUUGCGCUCCCGGGGAGAUCCCCGGGUGCGCAAGGCUUGCGGACACCUGCGCGAGCACGGGACGUCCUCCGAGGGCGCCCCGUGCUCCGCGCUGCAGGCUGCCGCCCGCAAGCCUUGCGCUCCCGGGGAGAUCCCGGGUGCGCAAGGCUUGCGGACACCUGCGCGAAGCACGGGACGUCCUCCGAGGGCGCCCCGUGCUCCGCGCUGCAGGCUGCCGCCCGCAAGCCUUGCGCUCCCGGGGAGAUCCCCGGGUGCGCAAGGCUUGCGCGACACCUGCGCGAGCACGGGACGUCCUCCGAGGGCGCCCCGUGCUCCGCGCUGCAGGCUGCCGCCCGCAAGCCUUGCGCUCCCGGGAGAUCCCGGGUGCGCAAGGCUUGCGGACACCUGCGCUGAGCACGGGACGUCCUCCGAGGGCGCCCCGUGCUCCGCGCUGCAGGCUGCCGCCCGCAAGCCUUGCGCUCCCGGGAGAUCCCGGGUGCGCAAGGCUUGCGACACCUGCGCGGCGCACGGGACGUCCACCGUGGGCGCCCCGCGCUCCGCGCUGCAGGCUGCCGCCCGCAAGCCUUGCGCACCCGGGGAGAUCCCGGGUGCGCAAGGCUGCCGGCACCUGCGCGAGCACGGGGCGUCCUCCGAAGGGCGCCCCGUGCUCCGCGCUGCAGGCUGCCGCCCGCAAGCCUUGCGCUCCCGGGAGAUCCCCGGGUGCGCAAGGCUUGCGGACCUGCGCGAGGCACGGGGCGUCCUCCGAGGGCGCCCCGUGCUCCGCGCUGCAGGCUGCCGCCCGCAAGCCUUGCGCUCCCGGGAGAUCCCGGGUGCGCAAGGCUUGCGGACACCUGCGCUGAGCACGGGGCGUCCUCCGAAGGGCGCCCGUGCUCCGCGCUGCAGGCUGCCGCCCGCAGCCUUGCGCUCCCGGGGAGAUCCCCGGGUGCGCAAGGCUUGCCGGCCACCUGCGCGAAGCACGGGCGUCCUCCGAAGGGCGCCCCGUGCUCCGCGCUGCAG